UCUAUAUUUAAGUGAUUGAAAUUCUCCAGUAUAUUAGUUCAUGGUGCAUUUGAAUUUGAAUAUUUUAGCAGUCCCUGAUAGACCUUGGAUUUUAAAGAAACAGGUGCAAAAUUCAGUCUCCAGGAAUGUGGGGGUGAAUUUUUUAAACAAAAUUCUAUUCACACAAAAAACAAAUGCACCUCUGUAGCAUUUCUGACCUUCCUACAAUACAAUCACAAUCACAAUGACAUGUUGAGAGAUUUCUAGGCUAAGACAGCUGUAUUUAGAACUUAAAUAUCGAGUAUGGGCCACAAUGACCAUGUCUGCUCAUAUUCUUUUUUAGGUUUGAUGAAAUUGACGUUAUGCUCAUGCAUAAAUAAAGAUUUUAUUGUGAAAGUUAUGUACCGGAAGUUAUGGUUUUACUUUGACUGACAUGGUACCGGUGAAGUGAACUGCAGGCAGAAAACCACGCUGCGGGAAUCUUUUUUUUUUAGAACUACAGGUGAUUCAUUAAUAUCUGUUCUUUAUUAAGUAAAACGACGGUGACAAGUCUCGUCAGUCAUGGAAGUAUCAAGGAGAAGAAUCCUCCAAAAACAUCUGGUGCCUGCAAGACCCCUGCGUCGCUGCAUCCAUAUUGACAUUGAGCCCCCCAAAAAUGCUGCUACAUGUGCACAGGCACUGAUGGAGGAAGUGGAUCAAGAGACAACUGUCACUAUAGAGCAGUUCUACAAGAUUGUCAACCUCCACAAACAGAAAGAAGGCAGAAUAUCUUAUACAAGAGAUUUUUUAAUUGGGUUGGCGAGUUGUCCUGAGGCCAGGAAGAAGCCAGAGUUCUUGCCAGAGCACCCCAUAGUCUUAACUGAGGCAAGAGAUCCUGGGGACUUGAGGCUUCAUGAAAUGAGGUGGAGUGGUGAAAAAGAGGAAAUGGCAGAAGAAAGGCUUCACUCAUCUUAAGAACUUUGCACAGGAGUUCACUGUUUACCACUACGAGUGUUUCUGUUUUUUUUUUCUAUUGCUUUUCUUGUUGAAUUUAAUUUAACUCGUGACAUUUUGUAUUGCAUGUUUAUUAUUUGAAAACUAUUUGAGGUGAAGUUGCACAAAGUCAUAAUACUAAACUUUUAAACUUUAUUUGCUUAAGUAUGAGUAUUGGAUUUUUGCUUACAUUUUCUGCUGUGUAGGAUUUUGGUUACAGUGAAGUAUUUAUAUUGUGUAAAAAUGUUCUAAACCUAAGCUAUAAUGAUGACUUUUCAAGAAACUAAGAUGAGAAAAAUUGCCAUUUUAUGCAGACUCAUCAUUACUCCUCAUACCCACUACCUUAAGUGACUUGUCAUCAGCUGCUUUAGCUGGGGCAUACAUAAGCAUUGUGAUUUAACAUGUCUUACUAAACAUGUUAAUUCCUUCACUCAUAAAGGACAG